AUGACUUCCACUGGACAAUUGAAGGGUGUUAUUUCUGGGUUCAGCAAAACUGGCACCGACAAGGUUCCUGAACUCUCUGCUGAUAGAUGCAGGGCUGACUUCGUCAAGUGGCAGAAAUCUGUUGACAAGUUGCUUGACAUUCUGAAACAUCAUGAAGAGCUUGAAGAAAUGUCAGCACAAUGGGCGAAGAUUGUGGAACAUGAGGCAUUAUAUCACAUGUGCAAUCUCUAUAUCAAUCCUUCUCACAUCGUCUUCGACCUUGUUCCACAAACAUUUGGAGAGGUCAUACAGCACUGCUAUGAGGAACUCGGGCACCCAUUAGUCAUGGGGCACUCUACCUGGGACGUGUAUCUACACUUACUCGACAUGCUGCAGAUCAAUGAGGAGAUACCAUCUGUGAUUGAAGAUGUUGAAGAAGAUCUUCUGCUCUUACAAAACCAACAAGACUUACCUUAUCAUGAGGAAGGCAAUGGUACCUAUUAUAUAGGUGGGGUGGGAGGCGGACUCGGACUUGGUGACAACCACUUGUGUCAGUUAGAUAAUCUUGCACUCGAUGAUGAACCUGAAACUACAGCAAGCAUUGAUGAAGAUGUUGUUGGACUGGAUCAUGAUGGUUUGGUCAUAUGGGAGUUCUCCAAUGAGUCUGACAAUGACACAAAUGUAGUAGAUGAAUGGUGA